AUGGCGACAUCCACCUCUCGAACGCGUUGGACGCUCUACCCUUGGGAUAGCACUACUUAUGAUGCCACCAAAACUCGCACGGAGAAAGCCAAGCCCGUUGUGGCAAGCGCUCUUCGAGCGAUAGGCAAACGCAAGGAUGGAUUUACGCAUAGUGUUCGCAUGCGCCCGGGAAACCCACAACUAUUUGCCCAGGGCUAUCAAACGCUACUCGAGGACAUGGGCGAUGCUACCCUCGGGGAGCGGGGUGCUAUGCUGGCCAACGAACUCUCCCACCCUCCAUUCACAUUCAAAUACGAGAGCGAGCUCGAAACCUGGUUUAUGAAGCAGUUCAAUGCUCUCAUGGACCACAUCAUGGCGAUGUGGGAGCGCCCAGGUCAGAGCAUCUGCCCGCCAAUCUCCUGGAAGCAACAGAAUAUGGAGUAUCGGCACUACUCGGGAGACUUGCGUCAGGCGAUGAUGGAUAUAUCGAUCCGCGUCGAGGACGAAGUAUUGACCUCAGGCGAGCUCAAGCACGGCUUGCGCUUGACCCAAUCUCACUUCGACGCUCUUGACAAUCUUCGAAAGAGGGAUGUAGCGUUGUGGGUUCGACCAUAUAACCCGGGCGUUGACUCCAAAACCCAUAUGGGAACUGACGGCAAGCGUCUGCCCGCUACCAAACUGCAAACCAAUUUCUAUCACUGCGGCUUGGUGACUCCAACGCAGAGGAGCGCUGUCGUAGGGGAGACGACAGCGAGGAGUGCAAGUUUUGGUUUGCAGAUGGCCACGAUCAACGAGCGGGAGACUACCGUUCGAACUCGCGCGAUGGGGACGUUUCCAACGCGUGGCCCGAGGCUCAGCCCUUUGGAAACUGCUGCUUUGCAAUUGAUAACCGAAACCCCCUGCUACGGUUGGUUGUCGCGCUCAGAACGGGGGUCGACUUGGAACGGCGACCGCUGGGUAGCUACUGUGCUUGACCCUCACGGCACCAUCGACCUGAAACCAGGAGCAAAGCCAAAGCCCCCGCAAAUCUUCUGGGGACAGAGUCUUGGCCUCAAGCAACAUGGUCCCCAAAUGAGCAGCAGCAACGUACCAGACAGCGGUAGAGCAUCGGGACCGACCAUGUCUGGCAAGCGACACAUGAAGUCGACCAUUUCGAGUCGUCGAAAAGCGACCACCAGUCGGCUGCAUGAAGACGCUGAUCUCGACGCCGUCACGGAGGAGAUGCGGAUCAUGGCGGUGGGGCAGAGGAUGGAGAGCAAAGCUUCAGCGGUCCUUGACAUCUUCACUCAGCCUUCACCGGACAGUGAGGCCAUGCAGUCUUCGCCUGUCGACGAGCCGCCAUCGUUUCUUGCCCAACUGCUCGGCGACGCAUACCUCGCCCACAAGACCAACUCGAGGAGCGUCGAGAGUUGGCCAUCGGCGACCCAACCUGUGAAGCCGACCCCUGGACCAGCUCGCCCACCGGGCGAUCCAUCCCUCCGCACCUCUACCGGAACGCCUUCGCGCGCGCCCUCGCGCAGAACCGUCGGGGCCAGCACCGCGUCCAGCACCGCGUCCAGCACCGCGACCAGCACUGCGACCAGCACCGCGAGCAGGAAGAUGGUCACCAAGGCGAGCAGCAAGGCGGCCAGUGUUGUGGGUACAAGAACUGCUCCUGUUAAGCCUGAGCGGCCCGCGCGCGGGGCGAAGUCUCAGGACAAAGGCAAGGAGCGAGUCGGGGAUGUGAACGGGAACGGGAGGGCGCCGUCAACUGCGCCGCCGAGACCGUCGCCCGGAGCUCGAGCGCGAGCGAGGAGCGAGCGGACAGGACAAACAGUAGACACGAAAGGGGGCGCAGUGCCUCCGCAUGCAUGA